GAAGGGCCUUUAGUCUAUGGAUACCCAUGUUUUUCUUCAGCCCCAGACAGGUUUACAGGCUUGUUUUUCAAGUUCUACCAAAAGUCUAUUCUGCUUUCCAGAUUAACUAGCCGCGUUGGUAGGAAAACCACUAGCACCCGGAAAUGCGCCACUUUCUUCGGGUUCCCAUAACAAGUCAAAGCCACCGGCAAGUUAGAAUGUGAUUUAUCUGAAUUCAGAGACCGGUCUAAAGAGUGGCUCGAAAGGGCAACAUACGACCAUUUAGGCUACCUUCGGGCAGAAUCAGGUGCGUUUUAACUUUUUAAUUUCCUCAAAUUCCGACUAACAUUUUGUUAGGCUUCAGUUUAUUUUUAUUCAUUAUCAGCAUCUAUUUACGGGAAAAUUCAGAGAUGGCCAGCCAGAGCGAGGUGAUUGACAGGUUGAGGGCUACAUUCCGGUCAGGUGUGACCUUUCCAGAGCCGUUCCGUAUGACCCAGCUCCAGAACCUUCUGUCCCUGGUCGAAGAAAACGAGCAGCUGAUACAAGAUGCUCUCCACAAGGACCUCCAUAAGCCCAAGUUUGAGUCGGUCCUGUCAGAGAUUCAGAUAACCCUGAAUGACCUGUACUUCGCCAUGGAAAACCUCAGGACCUGGAUGCAGCCGGAAUACAACAUUGGCAAGAAUCUGGCCACUAGGAUGGAUGACUGUUUCAUACGCAGGGAACCCUUGGGGGUAGUUUUAAUCAUCGGGGCGUGGAACUACCCUCUACAUCUUAUUCUCUUACCUUUGGUUGCUGCAAUUGCUGCAGGAAACUGUGCCAUUCUGAAGCCGUCAGAGAUCUGUCAGGCCACCGAGCAACUCCUGGCAGAACUCAUCCCCAAAUACCUGUCUCAGGACUGCUAUGCAGUACUAUGUGGUGGAGCAGAGGACACCAAGUCAUUGCUGAAGAAUAAAUUUGAUCACAUCUUCUACACAGGUUCCCAGGUGGUGGCCCGCUCCAUCCUGCUAGCGGCGGCGCCUCACCUGACCCCCGUCACCCUGGAGCUGGGUGGCAAGAGCCCCUGCUUCAUCUACGGCCAUAUCGACAUCCAUAAGGCCGCCAAGCGCCUGUGCUGGUCCAAGUUCUUCAACACUGGCCAGAGCUGUGUGGCACCUGACUACGUCCUCUGCACAACCCAGACCCGGGACGCCCUACUGCCCGCUCUCCGGGAGACCCUGCGGACCUUCUAUGGGCCGGACCCCGGAGCGAGUCUGGACAUGGGGCGCAUAGUCACCCCACGCCACUGGAGACGCCUGAUGGACAUGCUAGAGAAGUCCAAGGGGAAGGUGGUGAUCGGAGGGGAGAGCCGUGAGGAGGACAGGUAUAUUGCUCCCACAGUGUUGGUGGACGUGCAGGAGUCUGAUGCUCUAAUGCAGGAGGAGAUCUUUGGCCCCAUCCUGCCCAUCCUAACCAUAGAGUCUCUGGAGGAGGGCAUAGACUACAUCAACCGGCAAGAGAAACCCCUGGCCCUCUACGUCUUCUCUGACGAGACCUCGGUGGUUACCACAGUGUUGAACAACACCAGUAGUGGUGGUUUCUGCGGCAAUGAUGGUAUAGUACACAUGGCCUUGCCAGGCCUGCCCUUUGGAGGAGUAGGUGCCAGUGGGAUGGGUAGCUACCAUGGCCGCUGGGGCUUUGAGACAUUCAGCCACAGGCGGGGCUGUAUGAACCGGAGCUGGUUGCUGGAGAGGGUCAACGUCCUGCGCUACCCGCCCUACAGCGACUACAACCUGGGCUGGUUGCGCUGGGCCACCACCUUCAAGAAGAACAGCUGGGGAGGCUGCUCAGUCAUGUGAGAGUGGCACCCGGUGCGUGCCUGACUGUACUUCCAAAGCUGAUGGGCUUUUCUUAAAGGUCCAAUGCAGCCGUUUUUAUCUCAAUGUCAAAUCAUUUUUGGGGUAACAAUUAAGUACCUUACUGUGAUUUUUCAAUUAAAAUGGCCAACAAGUAACAUCUUCUUAGCAAAGAGCAAUUUGUCAAGAAAGAAUUUAGCUAGGACUGCCUGGGAGUUGUCUGAGCGGGGAGGGGAAAACUAGCUGUUGGCAGAGGUUUGGAUCUUUUAUUGGUCUAUUAACUCAUUUACCGCCUGGAGUUGUCACCAGGCAUUCCAAGAGUCCCUUCCCACCUAAAUGGGCUGAAAUUUCAGGCAGUCUUUAUAAACUGCUCUUACACUAAAAGGAUAUUAUCAUUUUUCACAGUAUUAUUCCAACAUCAUAGUGUGGAAUGUAUAAAACCGUUUUUUUUACUGCACUGGGCCUUUUAAAGUAUCUGUCCAGUGUUCCAGAUUUCUAUUAAAUAAUUUACCUAAAAUGUAAAAAGAUUAAGGAUGUUAAAAACAGCUUAUCUCUGUGGCCUGAUUGGAAAUAGUGGUUGGGUGUACUCUGGUUAAAAAAUAAAGAAAAAAGCGCUGACAUGCCAGCUCAGCCAAUGAGAUGCACAAACACUUGGAUAUUCAAAUUAGCUACCAACGCCAUGUGGGGCAGUGCUGUAUGCACUGCCUAGCAGGCUUGCUUUCUUUUUUGGGGGGCCUUGGCUGUGUAUAGGUUGCCUGCCCUGUCCACUAAGAAUCCGAGUCACAUUCUGCACGUUAUUUUACGCACACUACAUAACUGCUGCUCACACUCCCCUUCCUUUACGUUUCUCUCUUUACUCACCCCUUCUGGACUAUGAUGAUGAUCUCUGCCUUGUUUCUGAACAGCUGAAAUAAAAUAACUGCUGUAAAUUGAUCGAACAUUCCCCAAAAUAUUUUUUGAAGGCUAAACAACCUUCUCGGUUGUAACAGAUAUUUUAGUUGCACAAGCAGGACUCAUUAAACUAUCAGCGUUUUGUGUGAUGUAGGCCCACCCAUACUCAACUAGUGGACCGGAUCGGUCGGGCUUCGAUCCCUGGUAUCAUAUAAACACACAGGACAUGAAAGAAUGCAUAGAAUUGCAGAAUAUUUGCUAUACAAAAAGGCAAAAAAUAAUAUUUGCCCCAUACAAAAUGUGUAGAAUUGCAGGAAAUUAGCUAUAAAACUGCAACAUUUUCAAGAUGGGUGUGAACAGAUUGAGGUCGCAUGGGUUGUGAGGUGGGGGUUUGUUACUACAUCGAUAAAUGACAUUAUCCAUCUGGACCAUUUCGGAAAUGUGUGUGUGACUGGACCUUCUCAAAUAGUACUUGAGUACCCCUGAUUAGGCUAAUCUUCAUAGUUACUGUCAUAUUGUAGUAGUACUGUAGGAGAAUACAGGAGAAGUACAAUAGUAAAGUUCCUGGAAAAAUAAUGCAACUCCCCACUUAGAGUUUUGCAUAGGAACUCUCUGUGUUUUCCCACACACAGGCCCUACUAACUGCUAUUUCGCUUUUCAAUGAUCAUGCAAGUACAGCAUGAGUAGGGGUUCCACCUCUAGGCAGCCGAGCGUGUGAAUCCGGACAGGUAACCUCAGUCUGACAAUGGGCGAGUUCAUUCUGUGGUGCACGUGUGCUAUUAUCUCUUGCAUCGUUUGUCAACUACUGCCUACUAUACUGAACAAAAAUAUACACGUACAUUAUUUUACAAUUUUACUGAUUUACAGUUCAUAUAAGGAAAUCGGUCAAUUUAAAUAAAUUCCUUAAACCUUAAUCUCUGGAUUUCACAUGACUGGAGGGCAUAUUCCCACCUACAUGGGAGCCAGGCCCAGCCCAUCAGAAUGAGUUUUUCCCCACAAAGGGCUUUAUUAUGACAAAUACUCUGCAGUUAAUCGGCUGUCCAGUCCUGGGCUGGUUGCACGUGCGGUUGUGAGGCCGGUUGGAUGUACUGCCAAAUUCUCUAAAAUUACGUUGGAGGUGGUUUAUGGUAAAUAAAUUAACAUUACAUUUUCUGGCAACCGCUCUGGUGGACAUUCCUGCAGUCAGCAUGUCAAUUGCACGCUCACUCAACUUGAGACAUCUGUGGCAAUGUGUUGUGAUUACAACUGCACAUUUAGUGGCCUUUUAUUGUCCCCAGCACAAGGUGCACCAGUGUAAUGAUCAUGCUGUUUAAUCAGCUGUCAGAUGGAUUAUCUUGGCAAAGGAUAAAUGUUAACUAACAGGGAUGUAAACAAAUUUGUGCACAAUUUGAGAGCAAUAAGCUUUUUGUGCGAAUGGAAAUAUUUCACACAUUUUUGUUAAUUAUAUUUGAUUAUAAUUGUCAUAGUUAUGCUGCCAUAUCGUAGCAAGAGUUGCUGAAAAAAGAACUAGCCAAUGUUUGCAAUGAGAAAAUAAUUUCUAUUUUGACUGCCUGUAUAUCGUACGUGUGUUUGAUGUACCGUUACAACAGACAAAGUUUGUAGGAACAUGUCGAUCAUGUUUUCUGUGUACAACAUGAUAGCUGCAUGUUAGCCUAACACCCCUCCUGAAAAAAUAACAUGAAAUUGCACUUGAGGCAUGGAAUGCAUAGUUUGAACAGGCCCACCAUAUCUUUAGUGUACAACACAACGUUUCCCCCAUGUCAAGGAGGAAGUAGCGGCAGCAGAGCAUGUUAGAUUACUGCUUCUAAACAGCCAGCAGGCCAACUUACAAACCCCAGAUUUUGAAAUGGAAGUGACAGAGUUGUUGUAUAGGGUUACUCCUUUUUGCUAACACAACCUGUGGAUUGCUUGGCUUGUGUGCUGCAGUGUGCCCUCUCCAUUAACUGUUUGUCACAAGUCAGUUUCAGUGGGCCUGUUUGGUUUGAGUACUUGAAAAGAAGGCUGUACUUGUAUAGGGCCAUUGAGUCAGCAGAAAAGAGCUGUGAGAAAGGGGGAAAGAGGUGCUACCUGUGGUUCUGGUUUAACCAGGUUAUUCAAGGGAGGGACACAGGCUGCAUCUCAAGUCUUGAUUGGCUUCCUUCCCUUGUCUCCUCUCCUUUACCAUGAAAUGGAAAACUGAAGAAAGGUGAAAGUAAUUUUUAGAUGCCAAUGGCUUUCACCUGUCCUGUUCUUUCAAAUCUUUGCAGCUGAAGGGAAGGAGAGCCGCUAUUGCAAUCCACCCAGGGUGUGGUUUCAGUUCUGUGUUCACUGCUACAUCACAAUGGUCUAAACCUGCUUCAUCCACUCGUCUUGCUUUGACCCAUCAGAUCAGAUCAGAAUAGAUGAGUGGAAGCCACUAUAUUGAAAUGUUUCCCCAGAUUUUGAAAUGCACUGGCUACCAGGGUCUGGAGAGGUAAAGGGUUUUUAGCACUGUUGCACAAGACCCCCAUUGUUCACCAUGGGGUUAGUAUAGUUCACAGAACGGUCUUAUGUAACAAUUUUACUGGGUUUUGUUAGACUCUGUGUGACAUAUUAGGUGGUGGAUGUUUUUGAUUUUAAAAGUUUUGUUCAGAAGACAUUAACUAAUAAAACCUUACUUUACAUGAA